AGUGUUCAUUAUUUCCUUGGGAAAUUUCAUUUUCGCGUUAAAUGAAUUUUCUUUUAUCUCUAACGUCUUUUUAGUUCUGUAACGAUCAAACUUCGAUUAAACAAGCAAAACGAAGCGAGCGAAAUGUGUUCUCUUUAAAGUUACGGGGAUACGGGGAUUUAUUUCGCCCAAAGAUGAGGAACUGUUUCGUUGGGAAGUUACAUUUUUGCUAUAGUUGAAUUUUCUUUUAUCUCUAAUGCCUUUUCAUCUCUAUGAGAAUAGAACUUACUGCAUGCAAACUAACAAAACAGAGUGAUGAGAAUUUCGUCUCUUAAGACACUGGCUUAAGAUCGGAUAAUCCCGAAACUCAUUUACAUAAUAUUUAUUUUACCGUACUGUGAAUGAAUUCUCGCAUGUUGCAGCCGUUUGCGUUAGUUUUAUAGUAGAACGUUUUCUAAAUAAAACCUCGUGUGUUUUCUGCAUUUUCAGUGUAAUGUUGUUUUGUUUAUUUGUUGCUGUUUUCACUAAAAUUUGAACCUCGGUGAGUUGGGGUAAGAUUCUAUCGUGUGCGACUUGGAAAAAUAAGAUGUUCAAUAUUUGUCUUAGACGGUGGAUGCAAGAAAUUAUCACGUCUGGCAUAAGCGGCCAUUACACGUUUUUACAUGUGCAUGUUUAAAGUGUGAGUUGACAGUGAAGAAUACAGAAAUUGCUUAGGCCUUGUACAAACAAUACAUGCACAAAACGAACAUAAUUUUUCUUUUUAACCUAGCGAAAGCAAUUUCCAUGUUAUUGUUAGAAGGUGCUUAAAAUAGCCAAUCAGCGAGUCGCUCACUAAGUCAUUGAAGGGAAAAAUCAAUAAUUUAAUACCCAGGCGAGGGUUUGAUCGGAUCAUUAACAUAAAGUGUGUUGAUGUGUUUCUACGACUAAAAACGAUGGAAGCGCUUGGUGAAGGUCUGGACGAUGACAGCGACAUCGCCGAAAAUCGCCUCCUAGAAACCGAGGACUCCAGUUGUGUUUGUAGUAAAGUGUGGGAGAAAGAUUUCAUCUGUGGAUGGGCGCCAUCGCUCGAGCGCAAAGUUUCACGGAAGCCAACAAAACACGCGUCGUUAAGCAACCCAAGGAAGGACGGGAAAAUUGCCCUUGCCGAUUGUGGGUUUGUUUUUCGACAUUAUGAGAAAUCUAAUCGCUAUAUCGAACAGUACAGGGAAAAUCAUUGCAGUACGUUCUUGGAGCGAGCAGAUGAAUGGAGGCCAGUAUUGGGGGUCGACGUUCCCGAUCCAUACUUGCCCAAGAUUGGGGCUUUGAGCAAAACUGUUUUUGAUCGAGUGAAGUUCAUCGAGGCCAUAUCAGACUACUACAAAGUGGCAGCAAUGAGAAGUGAUCUACAAAACAUCUGUCUCACAGGGAAGAGAACAGACAAUGCUGAUCGAAAACCCGCGCCGAGCGGCAAUGGCGGCAAGUUGAACAGUGAGGUUCUACCUUUCAUAGUAACUGCUUCAAACGGCAAACAAGUUUCCCAGAAAACUGGAAAAGGAAAACUGAGCACCACGGUGGAGGAAGAAAAAUCGGAUGCGGCAAAAAGUCGCCAAGAUGUUGUUCCAACCGCUCCCGAGUUAACUAAAGAUACUAUUCUCCCAUGCGUGCCUUCAAAGCCUGACGUACCGCAUCACAUGGAAGAGAAACCGAUUUCAAACUCAGCCACACAUCAAUCGGCAGACGAAUCGAGACGAUUUCACAAAGAAAGAAUUCGUCUUCCGAAGUUUCAGUGGACAGAAUGUUCCGUUAAAAAUCACCGAACGGCAAGAGAGAAAAACAUUAUGACCUCAAAGGUUGAAAGGAAGGAUAAACCAAUUGUGGAAACGCUUCCGAGUAGUGAGAGUGAUGAAAAUGUUUUGCUUCCAACUCGGCAAUUGAACUCGCGAGGUAACCUGCAGUUGGGAAGUACGGUUCCAUCUGCGAACGCUAAAUCAAAGCUAACGCACGUGGCGGUUGGUAAAUGCGAGAUAUUUAGCUCGACAAAUUCAUCGAGCGCUGAUCGCAUUCCAAAACCUUACCAGACCGCGAGAAAACUUCCUAGUGAAAGUGCUUUUAUUCGGAUUCGAGGGCAACAAACGGGCCCACCGCCCAAAGAGGCCAGUAAGAAUGCAUCGAAAGAUUCGAACAAAGAAAGGCCGAGUACGAGCGAAAAGGUGUUAUUGAACCAGAAUGUACCUCUUCAAUACAUGAGCCGAUUUGGUCGAAGAAAGUUCCAUCACGUGUUAGAGGCGCGGUCGUUUAAGCCUGCGGAGAAGAAACUUAGAGCUGCUGCUUUAGCAGAUUUUCAUAAUUAGAGGUCGUACCCUUAAAUA